AUGUAUUUUGGAGCCUCUCACGACUGUGCCGACCGCCCUUGCGCCUUGAACGCCACCUGCGUCGACCUGGUCAACGACUUCCAGUGCAAGUGCCCGAAGGGAUUCACUGGAAAGCGCUGCAAUCGAAAAGUCGACCUCUGCGCUUCCGACCCCUGCGUGCAUGGGCUCUGCGUGGAUACUCUGUACGCUAGGCAGUGCAUCUGCGAGCCGGGCUGGACCGGUGAUGUGUGCCAGAUUAACAUCGAUGAGUGCGCGGCAACACCUUGCGAGAAUGGAGCAACUUGUCACGAUUUGGUCGACGGCUACUCUUGUACCUGCCCAAGUGGCUACCAUGGUUCUCGCUGCCAGCUCCUAGACGACCAUUGCGCUCUUCAGCCAUGUAGGAAUAACGCAAGCUGCACCAACGAGGGGCCGGUUUACAGCUGUGCCUGCCCGCUCGGAUUUGAAGGGGUUCAUUGCGAGCGGAACAUCGAUGAGUGCGGAACGAUAGGAAAGUGCCACCCCAAGGGUACCGAAGCCUGCCUCGACGGCAUUAACAGCUUCACGUGCCAAUGUAGACCAGGAUACACCGGCCAGCAUUGCGAGACGCACAUUGAUCAGUGCGCUUCCUCACCCUGCCUGAACAAUGGUACUUGCACCGACUUCGGCGCCACCUACAAAUGCGUCUGCGCCCGCGGAUGGACCGGGGAUCGGUGUGAGACCGAGUCGGGAGCCUGCGACCGGAAGCCGUGCAAGAACGAUGGAAGAUGCGUGAAUCUGGUUUCGGAUUAUUUCUGCGUUUGUCCUGAAGGCGUCUCCGGCAAGGACUGCGAGGUGGCGCCAAAUCGCUGUGUCGGAGAACCAUGUCACAAUGGAGGUGUUUGCGGAGAUUUUGGCUCCAGGGUCGAGUGCUCUUGUCCCAAGCACUUUACUGGCGCCGGAUGUCAAUUCGCCGCUGAACCCUGUGCCCCUGGUACUUGUAUGAAUGGUGGAAGCUGUUCAGUCACUUCAGGAGGAUCGUUUAAGUGUGCCUGCAAAGCUGGCUUCACCGGCGGACGAUGUGAGGCCGACAUCGACGAGUGCGCUGCUAGCCCCUGUCCGUUAUCAGCUACUUGCAUCGACCAGAUUGACGCCUAUCACUGUAAAUGUCCGUUCAACGUCACGGGAUCUAGCUGCGAUAAGGCUGUCGACGUCGACUACGACCUCCACUUCUUCGACCCGAUCCGAGGUUCUUCUGCAGCACAAGCCAUCCCGCUCAAGGCCAAUCUCAAGGCGUUCACCUUGUCCUUGUGGCUUCAAUUCAGCCAGGCUGAUUCUCGUGGAAACGUGCUGACAAUCUCAAACAGCUCCCUACCCUCCGAGCCGAUGAACCUCACCGAGAUGGUGACGAUCAGCUCGAAUGGCGUGCGUGUGAAACUCCUCGCAGAUGAGGUGCCCCUCCAGAUGCCGUGGCCCGCGCUGCAGCAAAUCAAUGACGGGCGGUGGCAUCAUCUGGCCCUCACCUGGUCGUCCGACUCCGGCUCCUUGGCCCUGUUCUGGAACGCCGUGCCCGUCUACACCGAGAAGGAAUACGGCAUCGGAAAAACGCUCUCAGCAAACAUGUACGUCGUGCUCGGCGAGCCCACCGUACCCACCGAAAAUACGCUCGACGCAUUCUCAGGAUCGAUUACACGAGUGAACCUCUGGGACCGGGCUCUCGAUCGGGAGAUGGACAUCGCCCCGAUGAUUUCUGAAUGUCAAGGAACUGAGGAUCUUUUCCCCGGCCUCAUCCUCCGCUUCGCCGAUUACUCAAAGCUGGUCGGCAAGGUCGAGAAACGAGCACGAUCCACUUGUGGCCGUGAGACCAAGGGCGAGAAGAGCAAGGAGAUCAGGGUCGAGAAUUGCCCUCUUGACAUCUAUGCCGUGUCCGCCCAACGGGAGAUCAACAUCACCUGGGACGAGCCGGUGUUCACGUCGCCGGACGAGAUCGUCAGGGUGGAAAAGAGUCUGAAGCCCGGAACGCUUCUACCACACGGUGACCAUCACGUGCUCUACGUCGCUCAUGAUAGUGCUCAACGCGCUUCGGUCCGCGUAUCUCGUGAGCACUGCCCCGACGUAUCCGACCCGGUCAACGGACUCCAAGUCUGCGAAGCAUGGGGCCCGAAUUUGCGCUUCAAGGCCUGCUCGAUCGAGUGCCGAGAGGGCUACGCCUUCUCACGACAGCCGCCUGUCUUCUACUCGUGCGGCUCCGACGGCAUGUGGCGGCCAAGACCCGAUCGUGCGCUUCACUUCAAGUAUCCGCAGUGCACAAAAUCCACACCCGCCACUCGCUUCGUCCAGCUCAACGUCCAGUACCCAGCUGCUUCGCUCUGUAAUGAGGCCCAUCGCGACGCGCUUGCCGAGGAGCUGCGCAAGCGCAUUGACCAAAUCAACGGGAAAUGGGAUCUGUGCAGUGCCAAGACCGAAAAUGGAGGUUGUGCCGGCGUACAACUGAAUGUGGAAUGUUUGACUGGGCGUGAGGCUGCUGCUCGUCUUCGGCGAGAGCUACCACCCAACGCUCACUUCUUCCACGUGCACCUGGAGUUGCCUGUCAAGAGAGACUUCGUGACAGCAGCUUCAAGCGGCGAGAAGACCCGCCCCUUCGAAGCCCUCCAACGCGAGAUCCUGCUCCUCGGAGCUUUGGACGUCUCGGCCGCGGUCCCGCAUGCCAAGCCAAACCUCGCCGGUCUCCGGCUCUCCGAGAAGUUCUCCUGCCCCAAGGGCAGCGUGACGGUUGAUGAUCUAUGCGUACCUUGCGCCCCCGGCUCGCGUUUCUCCGCCGAGCACUCGGAGUGCCAGCUAUGCCCGGUUGGCUCGUACCAGCCACUGAGCGGCCAGCCCGAGUGUGUCCACUGUGGUGUCGGCAAGACGACGAUGGUCGAGGGAUCUACAAGUCAGGAGGAGUGCAAAGACGACUGCCCGCCUGGCCACCUCUUCCACCAAGCUCUUGCUCAAUGCCGACCUUGUGGAUUCGGUUUCUACCAGCCGACUGGAGGCUCGUUCGAGUGUCUCGCGUGUGGUGUUGGCAAGACGACGCUCACCGAGAGGAGUACGAGUGAAGAGGAGUGUCGAGAUGAGUGUCCAGAUGGCGAACACCUGUCCGUCUCCGGAACCUGCCAACCCUGCCCCCUCGGCACCUACCGUACCCGCGGGGAGCACAAGGAGUGUGUGCCAUGUCCAGCUGGUACCACUACGCAACAUACGGCUGCCACACGACGCGAGCAAUGUGAUACGCCGCGCUGUGUCAAGGGCCAGUUCCUGGUGGCUGCUAGCCGUCAAUGCCAAUUCUGCCCACGCGGCACCUUCCAAGACGAGGAGCAGCAGACGACGUGCAAGUUGUGCGACUCUGACCAUACCACAGCUGCACAAGGGGCAACGGCUCGUUCUCAAUGCUACUCAACCAACCAGUGUACGACCGGUGAGGACAACUGCUCCUGGCACGCGACUUGCAUCGAUCUGCCUGAUGAGAACGACGUCCCCUCGUUUACCUGUCGAUGCAAGCCCGGAUUCCGUGGAAAUGGGACACAUUGUUAUGACGCCUGUACCAACUUCUGCUUGAACGACGGUCACUGCAAGAAAUCGCCGACUGGUCAAGUGGAGUGUCUCUGCAAGGACAACUUCCGGGGAGAGAGAUGCGAAGUCCGCUUCGUUGUCCGCUCCCAGCGCGUCAUCCAGAUCAUCGUCGGAGUUUGCGUCGUUGGGGGUGUCUUGAUCGCUGUUGUGUGCAUCAUCUAUAUGAUAUCGUGCAGGUCGAAUAGGGUGCAAGAACUCCCCGAGAAGCCAGCCCUCACCGACUCGGCGCAUUCCAACUUCCUCUUCGCCAGACCUCAAGCGCUAGCUUCAGAAGCCCCCCGGCCGAUCGGCUACUACUAUGAGGACGACGAUGACUACGAGUCGAGGAGUAUCUUUGUCGGCGGUGCUGAUCAGGGCCACGGCCUCGGCUCCGGUAACGGCGUCGUCGUCGAGCCGCUCGAUCAGAACGACGAGCGCGUCCAGCACGCCAUGGCCCAUAUGUACGUGCCGAGGACGUCGGACAACGCCCAUGAGCAUUUU